AUACUAAAAUUGUGAGAAUUUGAAAAAGAAAUCGUGUUCUUCUGUACCUAGCUAAAAAAUGUCUAUUCCAACAAAAAUGUCUCUGUCAUCAUGUCAUGACAACUGUGUUAGUUCAAUUAAUUAACACAUCAUAUCCAUCCAAUCCAAUGCAUGCAAUUCACACGCAACAAACAAAUCAUAACAAACUCCGUUACGGUGGUUAAUUAAUUAAUCAACCAACAACCAUGAAUUGGUUAACAAAUCGUUGGACCGGCGUCGCCGCCGCAAUAUGGAUCCAAUGGAGUUGCGGUUCAUCAUACACUUUCAGCAUCUACUCACCUCUCCUCAAAUCCACACAAAACUAUUCUCAAUCAACGCUUGACACCGUUUCCGUUUUCAAAGACAUCGGAGCUAACUUCGGUGUUCUUUCCGGUCUCCUUUACUCCGCCGUCACACCUUACGGUGACCGGCAAUCUAAAUCGAGUUCCUUUGGUGGGCCUUGGAUUGUUGUGGCUGUUGGUGCUGUUCAGUGUUUUGUGGGCUUUUUGUUUAUUUGGGCUUCUGUUGUGGGCUUGAUUCUUCAGCCACCUGUUAGUGUAAUGUGUUUUUUUGCUUGGCUUGCUGCUAAUGGACAAACUUUCUUGAAUACUACAAAUGUUGUUACUGGUUUGCGUAAUUUUCCUCAAUAUAGUGGCACUAUCAUUGGUAUUAUGAAGGGUUUUCUUGGGCUUAGUGGAGCUAUCUUGAUUCAACUAUAUCAUACAUUUUUUGAUGGUGACCCAGCCACCUUUCUUCUGAUGCUAGCUUGCUUACCUGCAAUCAUCUCUGUGUUGUUUAUGUUUCUGUUGAGAAUCUAUCAAGUGCAAGACUAUGAUUACAAGAAGCAUUUGGAUGAUUUCUCCAUGGUCACUGUUAUUAUUGUUGUGUAUCUCAUGUUCAUAAUAAUUUUGCAGAAUUUCGUGAGCUUACCGUAUUGGUCACGGGUUUUUACAUUUGUGGUCCUUAUGGUUCUAUUAGCAUCGCCUUUUGGCAUUGCUGUGAAAGCUCAUUGGGAGGACUCGAGGAUCUUUUCACAAGGUCCCUCCAUUGAGACUGCUGCCCCUACAAUGGAAUACCAAGAGCUGCCUAGAGAGGAGGUGCAAGUGCAUAAUACCGUAGAUGAUGUGUUGCCCCUUGAACAAGAAAAGAACCUAUUACAAGCUAUGUGUACUGUUGAAUUUUGGAUGUUGUUUGUGACCAUGAUAUCCGGUUUGGGUUCUGGGCUGGCAACAAUAAAUAAUAUGAGCCAAAUAGGACAAUCUCUUGGGUAUAGUACUAUUGAGAUUAGCAAUAUGGUGUCAUUGUGGAGUAUGUGGAAUUUUCUUGGCCGUUUUGGUGGCGGCCAGGUAUCCGAUUAUAUCAUGCAUAAAAGAGGUUGGCCAAGGCCCCUGUUGAUGACUGUAACUCUGGGGAUUAUGAUUCUCGGUCAUUUAAUCAUAGCUUCUGGUUUCCCUGGAAAUUUUUAUUUGGGUCCUGUUCUGGUCGGAAUAUGCUAUGGUACAAAUUGGUCGUUAAUGCCAACAAUCACUUCUGAGAUAUUUGGUGUGCAGCACAUGGGUACCAUUUUCAACACUAUUGCUGCAUCAAGUCCACUUGGGUCAUAUAUACUUUCUGUGAGAGUUGUUGGAUAUAUAUAUGACAAGGAAGCCAAUAAAGAAGAUAACUCAUGCUUCGGCAUCCACUGUUUCAUGUUGUCGUUUCUGAUCCUGGCCGGUGUGGCUUUUGUGGCAUUUCUAGUCGGUCUGGCGUUGUAUUUCCGGACCCAAAAGUUCUAUAAGCAAGUUGUGCUUAGAAAAUUAAACUAUUAUGUGCGAUGACGAAGAAUCUGUUUGCCCGCAUUUUUGUACAAGGUUGUCUACAAAGGAAGAUAUGAGUUAUGAACUUUGCCUGUUACGUGUGUUCAAUUUCAAAAAGAUAUGUAUUCCAUUAUUCUUUCAAUUAUCAUUUAUCACUGUUA